AUGUUAAUUCUUGAAGGAAAAAUGACAUGAUGAGUGGAGGCUGAGGCAGAGGACUGCCCUAACCCUAGCAUGCACCAUGCAGUCUCUUUGGGCUAUGUUUUCCCUCAGAUUUGUCAGAAAAAUUAAAUUACUUAUCACAUAUCCAUUUUUUUUUUUAUGGGCAACCACAAGCAAAAGCCUUCGUAUUUGGAGACUGCGGAGUCUUUAUUUGAUCGUCAUGGGCUAGUUCCAAUAUGAGUCCUAGACAAUCACCUAAUUUUAACUGCCGCAACAGUAACCAAAGCCCAGUCCUUCAGAUUGGAGUGAUUCACGUGGCUCUCAGAAAGACCAAAAAGAUCAAGAAAACGAAGUUUUUCCGUCAUUGACUCAAACUCAUUGUCGAAUCCUACUCAACGGAAUAUGGAGGUACUUACGAUCAAAAUGGGCCAAUCUGGUCUUUCACAAUAUCUGAACUCCAUAUGGGGAAGGCAGCGUUGUUUGUGUGUGUAGCUAAAUAACUUAAGUUACCUAACAACAAAGCUUCAAGGAAGUUCUUUCUCCCCUUACCUUUGACUCCAGCCCGCGUACUAUCUUGGGCAACAAAUGGAUAUAGUACAUUUAGUGUCAGCGAACAGCUGUAGAUACUUGAACACAAGCGUUUAGCAAGAAAUCCCAAGUGCUCACACCCGAACACAAUUCUUAUAUUGUGUCGGUUCAUACGAAGCUUUUCCAAUUUUAAUUGAAGACCCCGACAGUAGACGGGGAACCUAAUUAAACGGUCCAUCGGACUCUCUCAUUUGGAAACAAGACAAUACCAACAUAUCCCAACUCUCUCCUUCUCUUUGUUAACUACUACUCCAAUGAAUAAGCCGUCAAACAGAAAUCUCCACUUUGCUCUUGCAUCCCCUUUUCUCUCCCGCCAAAACCAACCGCUAUUCCUCCAUUCCAAAACCCAAAUAGUUGAACAGCUUCAAGAUUCUAAAGAUCCCCUUUCCCUAACCUCCACCCACACAAAUGUCCAAAAAUUUGGGUUUUCCAAUGAUACCUUCAUUACCAACCACCUGAUCAAUGGCUACAUUAGGCUUAAAAAAAUUCAAGAUGCACACCAACUGUUCGAUGAAAUGCCGGAACCAAAUGUCGUCUCGUGGACUUCCCUCAUGGCCGGUUUUAUCGGCACCGGCAAACCCAAAACAGCUCUUUGGCUAUUUGGGUAUAUGGCUUGGAGUCCGGUCAUGCCCAAUGCUUUCACCUUCGCGACAGUUGUUAACGCUUGCUCGGUAAGCGCUGAUCUCAAAAUCGGGAGAAAAGUUCAUGCCCAAGUUGAGAUUUUUGGGUUCCAAUCCAACCUUGUGGUGUGCUCUUCACUCAUUGAUAUGUAUGGAAAAUCCAAUGACGUUGAUGAAGCGAAACGGGUUUUUGAUUUGAUGGGUGACAGAAAUAUUGUUUCUUGGACUUCAAUGAUCACAGCAUAUGCUCAAAAUGCAAUGGGCCACGAUGCCCUUGAACUGUUUAGAGAAUUCAACAGUUUGAGCAUUAGGCCCAAUCAUUUUAUGUUGUGUAGUGUUAUUAAUGCUUGCGCAAGUUUGGGCAGGUUGGUGACGGGGAAAAUAGCACACGGAGCUGUGAUUCGAAAUGGGCAUUAUUCAAAUGAUGUGGUCACGACUGCACUUGUUGAUAUGUAUGCAAAAUGCGGGUGUCUUGAUUAUUCGAAUGGGGUCUUUAACAAAAUUAAGAACCCAUCUGUAAUUCCCUACACUUCAAUGAUUGUGGGGGCUGCAAAAUAUGGUCGAGUUAAAUUAUCCUUUAAACUCUUUCAAGAAAUGACUGAAAGAGGAAUAAGUCCUAAUGAUGUCACCUUCAUUGGUGUCCUACAUGCGUGUAGUCAUUCUGGUCUUGUUGAUGAAGGUCUUGAAUACUUGAACUCCAUGUAUCAUAAGCAUGGGGUAGUUCCCAACACCAAGCAUUAUACUUGUGUUGUUGAUAUGCUUGGAAGAAUCGGGAGGCUUGAUGAAGCUUAUCGGAUGGCAAAGUCUAUUCAUGUGAAGCCGGAUGAAGGGGCUCUAUUGUGGGGGACUCUUCUUUCUACUAGUAGGCUUCAAGGGAGGGUGGAUAUUGCUGUCGAAGCCAGUAAGUGGCUAAUUGAAUCUAACCAACAGGUAGCAGCCGCAUACGUUGCCAUGUCAAAUGCUUAUGCAGUGGCCGGAAGGUGGGAAAAUGUUCAUGGUACUCGCUCUGAAAUGAAGCGCAAUGGAGUUUCUAAAGAACCGGGGUGUAGUUGGGUCGAGAUCAAAGACUAUACGUAUGUUUUCUAUGCGGGAGAUGUGGAUUCGUGUCUGCGAGGGGGUGAGGUGGUUAGUUUUUUGAGGGAGUUGGAGGGGAGAAUGAAGGAGAGGGGGUAUGUGAGAGGGAGCAAUGGGCUUGUGUUUGUUGAUGUGGAAGAGGAAACCAAAGAGGAAAUGGUUGGGCUCCACAGUGAGAGACUAGCUUUGGGAUUUGGGUUGUUAAGUGUACCUAAAGGAGUGACUAUUAGGGUAAUGAAGAAUUUAAGGAUGUGUAGGGACUGUCAUGAGGCUUUCAAGCUUAUAAGUGAGAUAGUACAGAGAGAUUUUGUUGUUAGAGAUGUGAAUAGAUUUCAUCAUUUUAAAGAUGGUUCCUGCACUUGCAGGGACUUUUGGUGAUAUUCUUGAGAUGGUAAUACUUCCUUUUGCAAGUGGUGUCUUAAUCCUGCUGAAUUCUGCUCAUAAUCCCUUUACAACCCGCACCUAGCUAGGUUCGACCCAAAUAUUCUCCUUCGGGUAUUUAAACCAAUCCGUUUUUGUAGGGUUCUGCUAUUUUAAGGCAGUAUUUGGAGACGCUAGAGUCUUUAUUUGAGAGUUGAUGGAUAUUGCCAUUCUCCUUUGUCAUUGUGAUUCGACUGGUGGCCUUCGCCCAUGGUAGUAAGCUUUAAGCUAAAUCAAAUAAAUCCUUGUGUUCUUUGUGUGAUUAUUCUAUUUCCCGUUCUUCUUUCGAUAUUUGCCAGAAUCCUUUCCAUAUAGGAGUAUCAUGUACUAUACUAUUGAAGACUUGUUCAAUGAAUCUCUUGAUUGAAUACAAUGAGCCCAAAGAGUCAAGAGCUUAUUCAAACUCAGCAUCGAGGAAACUGAAGCUGAGAAUCCGCCGAGGCGCGAGCUGAUCGAGGAAAUACUUGAAGUCAUCACCGCCUCUCCGGAUGAUUUCAGAAAUCUCCGGGUUUCUCUGGAAUUUUCUGGAUCUUGCCUUCCGGACUUCACUAGAAAGUUUCGGGCCCCUCCGGAACCUUCCGGAUUACAAUGGAAGCCUUCGGAUACUGCCAGAUACAUCCGGAUCCUUCCGAAAACUUUCGAUUUUUGAAGCUUCUAGAUUUUUCACAUCUUCCCUCAUCCUCCACAAUUAUUUCCACAAUUAUUUAAAACUUUCUUGUACUAUGUCUAGGAAUCUUAGUCUAGAAGUGUCCUAGUCUAGCAUGUUCUAAGUGUGUCUAUAAAUAUGAGUAUGGGUCUCAUUUGUAUGCGUGUGCAAAGGGUGGGUGCACAAAGUGUGCGAGUGUGAGGUCACUUGUGUACCUUGAGUGUGGUGUUGUGUUGUGUACAAGUAGGUAUUUAAUAAAAGUGUAUUGUUUGUUGUAAAUAAACUCAACAUACUCCCCGUUAUUUCGCUAUUCGGUUCAAGUCUGUAUCUAAACCCUGGGGAUCUUUGACCCCAUUUCUACAGAAGACACUUUAGUCGCAAUCCCAUAACUGACGACAAGCGUCGUCUCAUCUCGGUGAGCUUGGGGCAGAGUAUUCCACCCUUAUUAGCACUUUGUACUCGGUUGAAGUCGAACCACAGGAGCUCCAAGCAAGGGUAGUAGCCCUGAAUUUGCCGAACCCUACCUACUCUGAUUUCUUUGGUGGUUCCUGCGAGUUGGGCGACUUGAUUAGUAUUUGGUGAUGAACCCAACAACGAGAUAGAUGAGACACUUACUGAAAGUUUUAUUGAGUUCUCCUAAAACCUGCUUUUGGGUUAUGGUAUGACCUCCCUUUUCUAAUGUAUGUACUUAAUACUUCAAUUGUGGUUUUAAUUUUUGCAGAUUGAAUAAGGAUUGACUGGUUGCAUGAGGGCCAAGAUCCACCUACUAUUCGGAGACUAUUGUCUUUCAUUUUGAUGCUGCUUUUACAGACUCUUAUUCUAAAACCACUUUUGCAAAUUUAGUUUUUGUUGUUUUUUGGGAUAUCAUGUUAUUUUUUUGGAUAUUGUGCAGAUUUUUAGAACUAUUGACCUAGG